GGGCCGGGGUUAUGCGGGCGCCGGGAGGAUGCGGUGGUACCGGGGGUGGGCGCGUGGGUGCGCACCGAGCCCCGGGGGUGCGGGCUGGGAGCGCCCACGGGGAGCCCCGGGGUUGCGUGGGUUUGGGGCAGCAGGGAGACACGCGGGUGGCGGUGCGCUGUGUCCCCGUUGGGGUGGCGGGACGGGGCGGGGGGGGAGGAAUGGGCAUGGAGCGGUGUCACGGGGACGGCGGUGUCACCCGGCGGUGCCCCCUCGGUCUGCGAGCCACGGGGCAAGCGGUGGCCCUGGAGUGCGGGGCCUGGCCUUUCUGGGUGUCCCCAGCCGGGGGACACAUACACGUUGGGGAAUAUAGACAGGAACCUCUGUUUUUCGCACCGGGUUGGCUGACGUGGGAAUGGGAUUUCACAGCCACCCCCAAACCCGCUCAGAAAGCAGCGCGCGCUGCCAGGACAGCGUUGCUCCGGGUGGCCCCAGCAAGGAGCUGAGCUCGCAGCGCUAAUCUAGCUAAUUAACAACAUGCGAGCGCUCCCAGAGCAGCCGAGCAGCCUAAAAUGGGGCCGGUGGUGCCAGCGUUGGACGGGGCCGUUGUGCACGUACCGCCCUGGGAAGGCGUUGGGGCGGUCUGCUCGGCCGCUUGGAGCGGAAUGUUGGCGGUGCAGGCCAGGAGCUCGCCGACAGCCCAAAUUCCUGCCUGUCUGGAGGAGGCUCCCAGCCUCGGCGCCGGGCAGCAAGGCCAGCGGGGUGGCCGGAAACCCCGUGGAAAAUAGGGCCCAGACCCAUUUCCUCACCCCGGAGCAAGCCCUCUCCUCCCCAGCGAUGCCAGCUUUGCUCCCCGUGUGUGCCCGCACCCCCGUGGUGCUCCCCCAGGCAAGAGGCAGCGGUGCCGGCGUGCCCAUCCCUGCGCUCUCACACAUAUUUUCCCAGUGAGGCAUCCGGCGCGGAUGGAACAGGAGCGGGCUUGCCACUGGGGAGCUGGGCACAGGGAUGGCAGCCUGGGAGGGCGAGAUGGAAAGGCGGCCAGGAGGAGAUGGAGGGGAGGAGGAGAUGAUGGAGGUGCUGUGUCCCCGGCUCUGAGAGGUUGCUGCUUUUCUGGGCUUGGCUUCAGGGAUGUGGGGUUUGGUUUGGGGGUCUCCAGCCUGGUGGUAUCCAAGCUGGUAGCUUGGGGGGACCUGUCCUGUUAGGACCCGACCUGGUUACUUGGUAGGACCCAACCCCCUGGUAUCCAACUUGGUGGCUUGGUGGAACCUGACCUUGUAAGACCUGACCCAGUGGGACCCAACCUGGUGGGACCUGAUCCAGUUACUUGGUGGGACUCAACCCCAUGGCACCUGACCUGGGGGGUUGGUGGGACCCAAACUGAUUGAUAGAAUUCAACCCAAUGGGACACAACCCAGUGGCUUGCUGAGACUUGACUUAGUGGGACCUGAUCUGGUUGCUUGGUAGAAUCCAACCCCAUGGUAUCCAACUUGGUGGCUUGGUGGGACCUGACCUUGUAGGUCUGGUGGGACCAAAGCUGGUGGCUCACUGGGACCCAACCUGGUGGGACUCAACCCCAUAGCACCUGACCUGGUGGCUUGGUGGGACCCAACCUGAUAGGACCUAAUAUCCCACCUGACCCUUUCCCGAGGGAGCUCAGCACCUGGAGGUGCUCAGGGCCAGGCUGGAUGGGGCUGUGUGUCUAUGGAGGUUUCCCCUCCCGGUGGGGCUUGGGGCUGACUGGGCUGGCUGGUCUCUUCUGACCCCAGACCAUUGAGAACGCCUUUGUGAGGACACGUGCCCUCGCCAUGCAGGCGUACUGACCCCCCCAGCAGCUCCAGCUGGGGAACUGUGGGCAGCUGGCUGGCCGAGCAGGGCGGGGAGGAUGUGCCCCAUGUUCUGGUUCCUUCCUCUUUCCACCCAGACAGCGCGUGACAGGGGGUGACUCAUUGGAGCAGGAUACCGCCAGCACUCCACUGGUUUUCCAGAGGCUGUAGUCACCAACGUGUCCCCCAGCACAGAACGAUGAGUGCCACCGCAGCCCAGGACCAGCUAGGGACGGCUCCCCAAGGCCACGGGGCCACCGGGACGCGGAGCUACGGCUGAGCCCGGCGUGCCGAGCCGCGCCGAGCCAGGCGGAUGGAAAGCUGCAGCCCGGCAGGGAGCCCCGUGCCCACCCCGCGCCCCAGCCCUAUGCCCGGGGAGCGGCGCCGAGCCUGCCCGCCCGCCCACCAUGAAGUGCUCGCUGCGCGUCUGCUUCCUCUCGACCGCCUUCCUCCUCAUCUUCGUCAUGUCGGUGCUCUUCACCUACUCCCACCACAGCAUUGCCUACCUGGACCCCGGCGGGCUGGGCGGCAUCCACCGGGUGAAGCUGGUGCCCGGUUACGCCGGUGUGCGGCGGCUGAGCCACGGUGUGCCGUACCCCAGGGGCUGUGUGUGCCGCCGCUGCCCCGAGGAUGCUGCCGCCGCCGCCGCCGCCUGGUUUGACAGCCGCUACGACGGCAGCGUGUCCCCGGUGUGGACCAAGGAGAACAUGGAGCUGCCCCCGGACGUGCAGCGCUGGUGGAUGAUGCUGCAGCCCCAGUUCAAGUCCCACAACACGCAGGAGGUGCUGAGCAAGCUCUUCCAGAUCGUGCCGGGGGAGAACCCUUACCACUGGCGUGACCCGCACCACUGCCGGCGCUGCGCCGUGGUCGGCAACUCGGGCAACCUGCGCGGCUCCGGCUACGGGCACGAGAUCGAUGGGCACGACUUCGUGAUGAGGAUGAACCAGGCGCCCACGGUGGGCUUCGAGGGGGACGUGGGCGGCCGGACCACGCACCACUUCAUGUACCCCGAGAGCGCCAAGAACCUGCCCGCCAAUGUCAGCUUCGUGCUGGUGCCCUUCAAGACCUUGGACCUGCUCUGGAUCGCCAGCGCCCUCUCCACCGGACAGAUCAGGUUCACCUACGCGCCCGUCAAGCCUUUUCUGCGGGUGGACAAGGAGAAGGUGCAGAUCUACAACCCGGCCUUCUUCAAGUACAUCCACGACCGCUGGACGGAGCACCACGGGCGCUACCCCUCCACGGGCAUGCUGGUGCUCUUCUUCGCCCUCCACGUCUGCGACGAGGUGAACGUCUUCGGGUUCGGCGCCGACAGCCGGGGCAACUGGCACCACUACUGGGAGAACAACCGCUACGCCGGCGAGUUCAGGAAGACCGGGGUGCACGACGCCGAUUUCGAGGCGCACAUCAUCGACAUGCUGGCCAAAACCAGCAGGAUUGAGGUCUACCGGGGCAACUGACCGAGGGCCGGGCGGCCGCGCGUCCUCCAGCUCGUAACCCCGGCCCUGCCAGAGCUGCCCCGGCUGCUGCGAGGUGCCGGCAGCCGAUGGGGUUCUGAGCUCAUGGGAGACUUUGGUGUCGCGUGGGGAGUUUGGAUGCUGUUAGUAGUAAGGAACCCGCUUCAGCCGAGCGAGGAUUUGUAGACGCCGCCAGCGCCCAGCCGGCCGGGGGAGCGCCCGACUUGCAUCUCUCACAGUCAAACCAAAUGCUGCUCUUUUUAAAACAAGAACAAAAAAAAGAAAAAACAAACAAAGAAACUAUACAAAAGCCCCCAAAUGUGGGGACUUUGGGGCGCGCUCGAGCCCAGGACGAGGGCAGGGUGACAAUCAGCAGGGGGCCGGGCCAGCUCCCCCGCAGCAGCAGGACACAACGCAGCCGCUGCUCUCGUCCUUUCCUCAGAGGUUUUCUCCUUUGCUUCUCCCAUUCCUCUGUGGCUCUCGGGGAGGGGCCCGGACUCUCGUGGUCCCCUCAGUCAGAUUCUCCCCGUGUCGCGCCGGGGAGUGAGAUAGGAGGGAUUUGGGGGGUGGGAGGGAGGGGGAAAGGCAGCUGAGAAACCCGAGCACCCGAUGGAGGUGGCAGCGCGGCGGGGCACAGGCUGGGUGCCCCCAUCCCUCACCAUCUGGGCUCCCCUUCGCGUUGGGGACGGGGAGAGGAGCAGGUUAGAGAUAGCUUUAGCAGGUGGGUGAGACGUGGGGCUGGCUGGGGCUCGUUUCUUUUUUCCCUUUUGCUGCACACAGGCAGCUCUGGCAAGAAGCUGCAAUCCCAAAGCUCGUGGUGGUGGGGGACAGCCCCCGAGGGCAACCGCUCGGUGCAGGGCCGAGGUGCUGGAAGCUGCAGCGGUGACCAGGGCUUGGGGGCGAAUUUCCCUUUUCUAACUGGCUUCUCUCGACGUUUCUCUGCUUUGGGAGCAUUUUCUUUUUUGAGGUUUCUCUCUACGGUCGCAGACACCGGGUCCGGGCCGCUCCUGGCACCGGGGCAGCCCCCGAGGCGGCAGCGUCCCCGCGAGCCGCAGCCCGCACCUUCCCGGCGCCUUGGGUCGGUGUCACCUAUUUCUUUUGGGGGAAGAAAACCACAAAAAUCACACAAGCAACAACGAGUGCCUUGACUAUCCGCCGCCGGCUGCGCUGCCCUGCGAGCGUGGGGGGGUCGGGAUGCACGCAGCAGCGUUCCCAGUGCCCCCCAUCCUGGGAGGGCUCAGCAUUGCCCAGGCACCCCUGGCGCUGGGCAGGACGGUGCCAGCGGGGCAGGGCCGUGCCCGCACCUCUCCCAUCUGGGUCAGACAAUCCCGAGCCCGCCAGCAGCACCCGAUAACGAUUUUUCAGCUGAUUUCCUUCCCCCCAACCCCACCCUCACCCUUUUUAUUAUUAUUAUUAUUAUUAAGGUUGUUGUUGUUAUUAUUAUUUAAACUGUCCCGCCACGAGGACUCACGACCACUCCUGUCUCUCCGCAGAGCGGCCGGCGAGCGCACGCACGAGCAUGCUGCACGGCCCGCGGGCGCUGCGCCUACGAGCACCACUGUACUGUACAUAGAGGAGAUGUAGGCAGAGGCUGUGGGCACCGGGGAGGGGGGGGGGGUUGUGCCAGUUUUGGGGAGAAACCGAGGUUUUGGGUAAUCCCCGUCACGGGGUGAGGCAGCCCCAUGGCCUCUGCGUAUGGGUACUUCUGCACACAACUGUCUUAAAACAAUUUUUUUUUUUUUUUAAGUCAAUAAAAACCAUGCAUCUG